UAGAUUGCAUAUAAAUCGGUAAAAAAAAGAAUUAAUUUUAAUAUUGGUUGAAUUAAAUUUUUCGGAAAUUAAUCUAUCUUUAUACGGAUUUAAAAAAAGGAUAUCAAAUGAUGCAUUUUAUUGUGCUGAGCUCUUCUAUCAUGAGCAUGUCAUGCGACGCCUCAACAAUCUUAACACGUCCAUAAUCACAUUGAUUUUUAUGACACGCCCAAAUCGACUCGUGUGCGUACAAAUUGCGCGUAUAAAACGCUCGUCUUGUUCAUCCGCGAAAUGGAAUAAAUUACCUUUAGUUCGACCUUGAUCGUGCAAAUCGCGCGAUAGAUGAAUUCGCGCGUCGCAACACAUCGCAGAAGCAGCAAUUACGUCGUUAACGGAUGCGAGUCGCAUAGAAUAUAGAUGAUGAUGAUGGCAUGGCUUGUGAUAUGGCCUUUCCUCCUGGAUCGUUUGGUCGUUCGAUCGAUCGGUUAUGCGCGAAUCGACUAGGAGAGAAAGAAAACAGAAAAAUACUCCGGCGACAUUGCAAGGUUGGUGGAUCGCGAUGAUGCAAUUCAUGACGAGACCUGCCGUCUUCUCGUGACUUGUAAAUCCGUAAUAGCUGCUUAUAUUUCUCAGUGUCAAACAGAUACGCCUUACGAGAGCUGCGUCUCGCGAGAGUUUCGUUAGUAUUCUUGAUGACGAUUUCAAAAUACUGAUCUGGCAAGGAGCAAAGAGGAGAGACCAUCCAGAAUGGUUCUUACUGUGACAGAAGACACUCCAGCGGAUAUGCUGGCUGGAAGUAUGGAGCUUCUGGUCCAACUACCUCGCGAUCAUCAUCUUCAUACACAGAGAGUUACAGUGUUAAGAAGCACGCCAAUGAUGGACCUUCUAGUGCAGAUUGCGACGGCUCACAAAUUGACAGCUUCUAAUUAUACAUUGCAAGCGAUCGGUGAACAUGGCUUAGUUCUCUCUCAUCAUCCAAACACUCCUAUAGGAGCGUUGGACGUUCUUCAGGUUAAAUUACUUCCCAAGCAGGGCACGUGUAUGCCACGUAAAACAAAGCAAGCUAAUCAACCUUUUGAAACCACAUUUAGAUUGCAGGUACAUCUACCGAGAAAUCAACUGUAUGUAUCGAGGGUCAGUCCGAAGAUGAACCUCGGAGAAAUUCUAGAUGAAGUGUGCCGCGAGAAGAAUCUGGACAAAAAUAAUUACGAGCUUCGUCAUCCAACUAACCUGGAGGAGACAUUGGAUUUAUCACUAUCGCUGCAGGACUAUCAUCUGCAAGAAGUGACUCUUUACGCAAAACAGGCCAAAGGUCUAGGUCCGACACUAAGUACGCAGGACAUAAUGGCGCUGCAGAGGCAAGAGGAGCGGCGCCGGCAGCAAACCAAACAAAGUGUGUUUGGCUUUAUGUUUAAAAAAUCCAAAGAGAGCUCACUUAGUACGGAUAGUCUCGGGGGUCGCAGCGUGUCACCAGCCAGAAGUGACGAAACCGCGAGAAGCGCUAGUCCCCUUCAACCACCAACUCGACCACAGAGGAAAAGGAGACCAGCUCCGAAGCCGCCCACGUAUGCCGUACCUCCUGUUCAAAGUACGUCUGGGGACAGCGGCAAAGAUAAAAUGAUGAUCAAUCAUAGCCGUAACAGUAGCGACAGUUCCGGUUACCAUGAGGCCUCUGUGCUUAGCGAUAAUCCGGACUUGGCCGCAAGACUACCGGAAACUCUGCCUAGGCGGAGCAAAGCGCCAGGCAUGUCCAAUACCUCCAGGAAACUGGCGCAAACCUCACAAUCUAGUAAAAGUUUGAGCAAUCUGGUGAUGACUGGCGCAACGCUCAGUCGGGGAAUUAGCAACACUUCCCUCAGCUCCACCGGUCUUCGAAAGAAAAGAAUAGCUCCUCCUCCGCCGACGCCCAGGCCACUUUCAUCAGCUAUUUCCACGCAGGCAUUAGAACGCAUCGUUGACUCCGAGGAAUCAUUGACGUCCGAUAUGGAUCCUUCGAAACCACCAUCGGACAUUGGUGCACCAUCGAAAGCUAAUUCCGACAUCGAUUGUCCCAAAGCUAAUUCCGACAUCGCCAUCAGCACGCAGUCUAUGCUCGAGUUGGAUUAUGAACCAAAGUCGGAAGCCGCGACGUAUGAAUUUGAUGACAACAUUGAGCAGAAUCGUACUGUGAAAAUGAAUGUCGAGGCAUGUUCUGAAACAGAUUCGGUCAACUAUAAGCUUGUUAAAACGGAUGUGGAAAUGGUCGCGCCUGUAGAAGUCGCCCCAAAAGUAGAGCAAGCUAGAGUAGUAACAAAAAAAGUUGGAGAACCUGUACCCCUUCCCAAGCCUCGAAAGGUUAACACGUGUAAGGCUAGCGCUUCAGAACAUCCAAAGGUACCUAAGCGUAAAGUGAUUCCACCCUUGGCACCGCCUAGAACCGUGAGCAUGAAAUAUGAUCGUAUAAACAGUUUAUCACGUGAACGUGCAAACUCUGAACAUGUCAUACAUAAAACACAUUGCUGCGCUUCAAAUACUGAAAAUAGAUCGUCAUUGGACGAAGAUGAUUUUGUUAGACACAUUAAACGAGAAGAGACACAUUCAAAGUCGAAAAUCGAUUUUGCACCUUCCAAUGAAGAACAGAUAGGCCAAGAAAAAACGACAUCAAAAAUCGAUGAUAUUACAAUUGACGAUAGCGUGUCUUUAAAAUCAAAUCAACAUCCAAAUCAUAAAAUGGAAAGCAAUUUUGAGUUACACAAUUCUAACUGUAUGGAAUCAAUCCUUAUUAAUUCAGAAACAUAUUUUGAAUCCAAAGAUAAGUUCUUGAAUGGAGAUAAAUUUAGCAAAAAGGGAAAAAUACCAGACAUUGUCGAUAAUAUAAAUCAUGAAUCAUUAAAUUUGAGCGAAUAUUUAAGUAAUAAAGAAAAUACUGGGCUACUUUCUGAUUCCAUGGAGUUAAAUGUAUCGCAAAAGAAACUGUUAUUACUUGAAUGUAAUGUUAUUUCCAAAGAAGAAGAGACUAAUUUCUUACAACAAGAUUACAAGGUAAAGUCUAAAAACAUUGAUACAUGUGAUGAAAAUGAGAAUCAGAGUGAUAAAUCAUAUAUGUUAUUGAACGAUGAUUCUCUAAACAAAAGUAUGACCAAACCGGAUCGCAUGGCAGAACUGGAUAGCGAACGACUGAAGCAAUCAUAUCAUCAAUCUGUUUGCCAAAGACCAUUCAGAGCGUCGAGAAAAAGAAUUUCUUCCCAUGAGAAUGAGGAAAGCAUUGAGGCAGCGAAAUAUUUGCGUCCGAAAGAUGCGAUGAUCGGCACAGAAAUAAAGAAUGAUCUUGAAAAAAACAAAGAAAUGUGCACGGUGAUUUCCACCAUACCAAAGUGCGAUCAUUUUGAUGUCAUCAAAGAAGAUGAUACCUUAAAUAGUAUCAUAAAAUAUAGCAUUGCGGAAAAUGUCAAUGAAUCAUGCCAAAAACUUCAAACUGCUCAAAGCGAAGAAUCAAACAACAGUAUGAAGAAUGCUAAACGGACAAAAGUGAUUCGAAGCCAGUCUAAAUCAGAUGACUUUGAGAUGGAUACCUUGAAGAGACAAAAGCGAUAUUUCACUUCGUCUCCAGAGGACAUCGCGCACGCUUUGAACCUGAAUUUCUCCACACGGAACUCAAUAUCUUCAAGUGCGUCACAAAUAGAGCAGGAGCAAAUUGAUGCAGGACAUUGCAUUAAUCAUACAAGGGAUGUGGAUGUAAAUGAAAGAGUUACAGGUAAUCAAGAUGUUCCAUCCGAAACCGAUAUUCUGCUACAGAAGGUAUCGGAUACCUUAUCAAAUGUGCUACCAGCCUCGUCGUCCCCAGUACCAGCUUCAUCGUCUCCAAUACCGGAAACAUCGUUGCCUUUUAAGACAAAUCAUACAACCGCAUCCAUGCAAACAAACGUCGUCCCCAUUCUCGAUGAUUCCACAAUUAAAUCAGAACUCGUCGGUAUCAAGAAUGAGUCGAACGAGAGCUAUAAGUCGUGUAUCGACCUUCCAGAAAAUACUUUGAGUGCUAGCACGCCAAAUAUGACUGCGACAGGUUUGCAAGAGAAUACUUCUGACUACGUGUCAGCGAUAAGCGAAGACUUGUCGAUCAGCGACUGGGAGUAUCAGCUUCCGGCUCCGCCAAGUGCCUUUCGCGAUUCACAUUCGCCUGUCUUUGACGAUGAUGAUACGGUUACGCUGGGAUCAGUAGAGGCCUUCAAGGAACCGCAAGGAAGCUCAGUUUCGAAGUUAGCUAAUGCGACAGAUAGUAACAAUAAGGAUAUCGAAUCGACAAAGAAUUUAUUGAAUAAUUCUGAAGCGAAUUUUGAAUUGCAGGAAGCUUUAAAUGAAAAAACAGACUUCGUGCCCGAAGCGGAAAUUGAUAAACAAAUAUUAAAUAAAUCUGUCGAGCAAACAUCCGACAUUUCCCAUAAAAUGAAACCUAAUCCAAAUUUGCGGAAAGAAAUUAUUUCGGAAUUGGAAAACAAAAUAGAGAUCGGAACAUUAACGCAAACUAUUAAUAAGGACUUCGAUAGAAAAAAUAUGAACAGCUUAUCCGCACCGGAAAUAGCGCCCGUGGACAAUACUUUGCCCAACUUUACAAUCACUACUUAUACCAAACAGAAUAGCCUAGACAUUUUCGAAGAGUUUGAGGAAUCCAGCGGUUAUGCGAAAAACACAGAUGAUAGAUUUAUUAAAACGUUUGCUACACUUUCAAGGAAUAAAGCAGAUAGUUAUGAUAAGAAAAGUAUGAUGAAUAUGCAUUUAAUUAACAAUAUAUCGCAUGACAUGAAGGUGAUGUCUAAGUCUGAAGAAUCGAAUGCCAGUAACCUUGAUUGUAAAACCGAACCAAAAAAUCACAAUCAAAAUGAGUUGAUCCACAGACUGCAGUCUCUCAACGCGACCAAUGAAAAGACUAAUAUCCAGCGAUCCAAGAGUUAUAUAUCGAUAUCCAGUAACGCCAAAUACCAAACAGAAACACAGAAAAUCGGUGAAAGAAAGCACGAGCCACAAGUUGAACAGGGGAGUAUUAGUAUAAAAAAAUCUACAAGCAUCACAGACUUGAAUGUCGACGUAUUACGAGGCAACGAAAAGUUCUCGCAAUGGAGAGAUAACAUGUUAAAACAUCAAAAAAAGCCUAGCAAGGAGAAGCAAUUACAAUCAUUGCAGGUACUGAAAAGUAUUUUACCGCAGUUGAAAAAUGCUCAACAAGCGGAGGAAAAUAUGUCUAAAGAAUACAGUAGCGCAUUAUUAACUGAAAAAAGCAGAUAUGAGCCUGAAUCCAACGAACAUUUCAUCAAAACGAAUGUAGUUUCAACACGCGAAUCUCAGGAUUCAGAACCGGAAUGUAAACAAUUGCCAAAAGAAAAAAAUAUAAAACGUUACGUUUAUACUGGUCCACCUGCGAUCAGUUUGGGCAGUUGGUCGGAAAGACCCAGCAUUAAUGUUCAAAUCAAAAUGGAUACCGAUUAUAAACUAGGAAGAAACAAUACGAACAGCAGUAAGACCGUUGUUAAUAUUAACAGCACAAAAAAUGAGAAGGAUUUCGUGGAUUAUGCCAGCCAUGUCAAUAAAAAUAAUAUCGCUAAGCACGAGAUUAAAAUCAAUUCUUCGGCGAAUAAGAAUCCUGACGAACUCACGAGAAAGCUAAUCACACAUACAACAGCGUCAGGUUUCAAGACACCGAUGUCGAGUCGAGUUAACGCGUUUGAUUCGACAAAAGACACAGAUAGACCCUUUGUGAUGGGGGUCGAGUUGAAGAAGACCUUCAUUGAGAUGCCGAAGGAAAUGUCGAAGAACAGUGAAAACGAAAUCGACACAUCAAUAAAUUUCAGAGAAUUGACAAAUACAUUCGCUCAGCAUAUGAAUUUUAAGCAGAAACCUAAACGCGCUAAUAUUAAUAAACACUCGUCGAAUUGUGAUAUACAAAUGGAUAAGAUAGAAAAAACAGCAGAACCGAAUGUCAAGCAAAACAGUCAUGCCAAGUAUGCGAAGGUAUCUAAUCAGAACGAUCUUUCAUCCAAAAGUCAGUUCUGCAAGCACGAUAUUCAGGAGAAUGCACAGGCAAAAAGGUUCACGUCCGUCGUGGGAGUAAAUGGGACGAGUCAAAAUUUUAGGCCGCAAAAUGAAACAUUCCUCAAAUGUAAUAUCAAUAACUCUGUCAAAAUCAAUCCACCGAUGCCUGUCGUAAAGGGAUUCAAGAUACCUAUUACUGAAUCUAAAGUAAAUAAUAAUCAAAUAAAGCAUAAUGAAUUAUCAACAAUCGAUGGUUCUAGUGAGGACAUGCAUCCUUCUAAACUUCCAACCAUGCCAGUGAUAACAGGAGUGACACUGAAAAAUGCCAGCGCAAAACCCAAAUCAGUACCAGUUCAAUUAGAUUCUAGGGAUACACUAUUGGAAUCUAUCAGGAAUUUCGGCGGACGUAACAAGUUAAAAAGUAUUGCAGGAAGAUAUUAAUUGCGCGCUAUUAAUUCUCUAUAAAUAUCUCAGCACUUAUAAAGCAACUUAGACAGUGAAGAAUCUGUUUGAUGCAAAGACUCCAAGAUUUGUGAGUUUUUUUGUUUUUUUUCCUUCAUUAUAUGUAAAUUUAUAUCAUUUGUUUUCGUUUGUAAAUCGAUAUCAGAUUAAAUGUGAAAGCUAUAUUCUUUUUAUUUACAAACAAAACGUACAAAUAAUUUUGACAAAAUUUUUAUUUAAUCCUAGAAUACUACUAAAAAUUAUUUUCCAAAUAGGAUGCAUUUUAAAAGACUUGAUAAUUUAACAUUAAAAUUGGUAAUUGUUAAAUCUCGAAAAUCACUAAAAACAAAAAUAUGCACUCUUUAUUGCAAUAUUUUUUUAUCUAUUCAACUAUUGUAUAUGUAUUAUUAAAAAUUUUUGUCUAAAUAGAAUUUAAAAUUUUGCAAUGCAAAGAUGUAAAUCGAUAUCAGUUUAAGUUUGGAAAUAAAACAAAAAUAUUCUAUCUGCGAUUUUAAUAUAUAGUUAUUAUUAUAUUUUGUUUUUUGUAGUAUUUUGGGAUUAACUUAUAAGAAAAAAUAUUCAAAUAGCAUUUUAAUAUUUUGAGUGCUGAUUUAUACGGCUAGAAAGUCACUUAUAGAAAUGAAAAAUAUUUGUUCAGACAUUAACACAUGCUCUUAUAUGUAAUACAUACACUUAUAUUACACACACACACACACACACACACACACACACACACACACACACACACACACUAUAUAUAUAUAUGAAUAUGUAUAAAUUCAAGAAAAGGAGAUAUUUAUGUUUUUCACAUCGCAUUUAACGUGGAGAAAAAAAUAACAACUAAGAAAUAUGUCCUCGUGAUAUUAGUAAUCGAUAUUGCAAAUUGCUCGAGUGUUACAUUUUAUUAUGUAUAUUCUUUCAAACUAUACUUUCAAUAGAAAUAAUUAAAUGGUACUAAAAUCCGGUUAUAGCUCCACGUUAAGCACAUGUAAAUAUGAUAUAGAAAAAGCUAAAACAACCAAAACUCCGUCGCAAGACGAUAGAAAAUGUACAUAGUAUUCGAUAUUUACUUGAUUGUAAAAAAAGAACGGGAAAACAUUUAUUUACAUGAAUAGUCAUCAACGAUUGCUCAUUAAUUAACGUGAAGAGAGAAAAUUAGAUUAGUUAUCUUUAGUUUGAUAGAACCGUUUGAUUUUAGCUUUAUUGAGAUGUAUACUUAUAAAAAAAAGAUAUAUAAUACCAAAAUUAAUCGUAAAUAAAUUGAUAUAGAUAUUAAUAGCGAUUUAAUGCUAAAUAUUAACAUGUCCAAUUUUCACGAUUAACUGUAAGUUUCUAUCAACGGGACCAAAGGUGAUAUCUUAUUUUAUCCAUGCACGACACUAAUUUAGAGUUGUGUAAAAUGCGUCAUUACUGUGCUAAAUACGAAAUAGUCUUUUAAAUCUGGUCAAUGUUGAGUUAUAUCGAAAUGAUUGGACUUAAUGAUAUAAAUUUAUAAUUAUAUAGAUAAAUGUAUUAUAUUAAAAAUAUUGAGCAAUUUAUUUUCCUCUAUAAAUAAUAUUGUAUCGAUAUAACAAGCAAUUAUAUUUUGGCAUAAGGUGUGAAGUAUUAUAUAUAUAUAUGGAUAUAUUCCAUAUAUAUUUAUAUAUGGAUCUUUUUCUCCUUAGGCAUUUAUAAGUUGUAGCGAAUGUAGCGUUCAUAUGAAAAUUGAGAGAUGAAUUAUAAGAACAAUUAAUAUUUAGAUAGUAAUUUUCACUAUACUGUACAUGAGAAAAGAAAAUAAAGUUAGAGUUU